UGUUGACGGCUACACGGGAACCCAUGUCCAUAUUUAUCUUGAAGAAGAUUCUCAGAGUUGUGCGAUAAUGUUAAAGCUAGGGAUUGUAUUGGUCUUGGCUGUUGUCUUGGAAUUAUCCCAGGCUCUGCCCGUUCUGGAGGAAACCGCUUUUGUAAGUGAAUGCCUCGCCGCAAACAACAUAAGCCAGACCGAGUUCCAGGAACUCAUAGAGCAGAGUUCCUCCGAAGAGGAGGACUACGAGGAGGAUCUCGACAACACCGAGCGAAAAUACAAGUGCUUUGUCUAUUGCCUGGGCGAAAAAGGUAAAAUCCUAGACUCAAAUGGCUACCUAGAUGUGGGCCUGGUGGAGCAGAUGGAGCCGCUGAGUGAGCAGAUUCGGGAUGUCCUCUACCAUUGCAAGAAGAUCCACGAUCAGGAGGAGGACAAGUGCGAGUACGCCUUUCAGAUGGUUCGGUGCCUCUCGGAAAAUAUUGACCAGAGCGAUGAUGAAGUAACCGACCAGAACCUAGACGUGUCAACAAAUAAGCUAAAUGAAUAAUGAAUCAAGCAAAAACAGGUUAAGCAGCACGAACUUAAUUAUAUAUAAGUGUGAAAACA